CUAGUUUCUGUUUUCAGGCAAUAAAACAUGAUGAAUGCACCAGCUCCAGCUCAUGCGUGGAACGCCGACCAUGUGCUUGCCGGUCUUGCCGGAUUGGGAGUUGUCACUUUGGUCGUGUUGGCAACGAAAGCAGCGACCUUCGUUGCUGAGGUGACGCAGCUGUUUCCAGUCGAUACCGACGGAAGGAAUUCCACACCACCGCUCGUGGUUGCCGUCAUUGUCUGCACACUGUCGGCGCUCUACGUCUGGACCACAAGCAGUUUCCUGGCCCUCGCGAGAACUACAGCAGUGGGUGACGUUGAUAAGCAAAAGACAUCACCUGACUCUGCUGCAGCUGCCAACGUCGGCUUAACACCCUCGUCAGCCCAGAAGAGCAGAAACAGAAAGAAAUUCGGUGACAAGAACACAACCAGUACACCAGCAGGAGGGGGUACUACUCUACGCAGUCGCGGCGGUACUAACCAGAAGAAACCUAAUAUCGCACCCCCACUACAACUAGAUGACGACCAUGCGCAAAAGGAAUACAGCGGAUCGUUCGACGACUCGCACGAAACCUCGUCCCCAUGCUCAGAGCCGGACGAGGACUGGUCGCCGCCGGCGGAUAAGAACCAGGAAGUACGAAUUUUCAUGGACGGCGCCUUCGAUCUGACCCACUACGGCCACUACAACGCGCUCCGCCUCGCCAAGUCCCUGGGGAAUUACCUGGUGGUCGGGGUGAACAGUUCCGACUCCGUGCAGAAGUGCAAGGGUUUCGCACCGGUUUUGACCGACGAAGAACGGUGCAUCGCCGUCGAAAACUGCCAGUUCGUCGAUGAGAUCGUGCCCAAGUCCCCCUACGUCAUGACCAAGGAAUAUAUGAUUUCCUUGAUUGACAGCCACAAUACGCAACGGACACAAUAAAGAACUUGUUACCGCUCAUGAUUGUUCCCUAGUACUGGUAGUUCUUACAGUGUGCAAUUACUGCACAACUUUCUUGAGUGACAUCAAAGCAUAGGGUCUGGAAAUACUGGUACACCGCAUGCUACAUGUACUUGUUAUCGUACGAACAGUUUUUGUGCCCGGAGAGACGGCAUUUCAUUCUUCUUGUAUGUGCGCCUGAGCGGUAAAAAAUUUCCAGUGAAUAGAUGAAAUCGAUUACUUCGUGCACGGGUCGGAUCCCUGCCUGGUGGACGGCGUUGAUGUGUAUGAGGAGGCGCGAAGAAUGGGUCGGUUCCGCAUGGUGCCCCGGACCAAGGGGAUCUCCACGACGGACAUCGUCGGUCGCAUGCUGCUCUACGGCCAGACGCAGCAGUUCGGGGGUGACGCGAACAAUGCGGCGGACGAGAUGAAAGAGGCACGGAUAUCCUGUGUAAAAACGUCCCCACCCCAUAUUUGCAAUGCAAAUCUGCAUGCUGCAAAUAUUUCUCAUGCGGAGUUGCAUGAGAAGCAUUUCCUAGUCUUGUUUCGGAAUUUGUCAUGCUACAAUCAGCAUGAUAUGCUGGAUAUGUGAUGCUGCCGAACUAGCCAAACAUUAUUACGCUACGAGGCCAAACCUGUCAUGCGCAACAGCCAAAGCUUGUUGACUUGUGUAGCAGAUUUCCCAUCUUCACUAUGGGGUGGGGACGUUUUUACACAGGAUAACGGAAAAGCAGUCGAAGCAGAACGCAAACUUCCGAGCAGGACGACAUGCUUCGGGCGUCCGCGGUGGUCUAUCAAAGAAAAAAGUUCGUCACGAUCACUCAUGGGCAUUUUUGCAAUACAAAAAAUGCCUGCCACGCGUAAAAGUGCAUCACAGCCAAACGUUACACAGGAUUUCCCUUAGUGUUUCUGCAAUACAUGGAAAAGCUGUGAUGCUAAAAAAAUUAGUAAUGCUAAGUCUCCAAGUUAAUGACUGUGACAAACUUUUGUCUUUCUAUAUGGUCAGGUCCAAGAGUACUGCGUCGAAGAGCGAGGAGGUGGAGGGGGAGCCGCCGUCGAUAGUGGAUUCGGUUGUAACCACUAGCAGCGACCAUAGAGAUAGGGUAGAAAAAGUAGAGCAACAGCAGCUGUCAAGCUCCGCCAAGAGCAGCAACGUUAAUAAACAGGCGCGCGGUCGGCCUCGUGCUGUAGCUGCAACAGGUGGUGCAGCAGGCGCCGCAGCAUCUUCGUCCCAAUACGAGGGUAAAAAUAAAAGUUCCGCUGCGAAAAACUCCGAGCUGCUGCAGCUGCAGUCGCGGUUUUACAGCACCACGGCGCUGCUUCGCGCCUUCAGUGAACACUGCGAGCCGCCGCUGCCCGGCCAGCGGGUGGUGUAUUUUCCCCAUUCGUGGGACAUGUACUGCGCCACACACAUCCUCGCGAUGCAAGAGGCAAAACAACAGGGUGACUACCUGCUCAUCGGCGUGUACAGUGACGCGCUGCUGAACGACGUCGAGGACCAGCCACCCAUCCUGACGUUUUACGAGCGGACGUUGUCGGUCCUCGGCUGUUCGUUCACCAACGACAUUCUGCUGCCCGCGCCACCCGUGGUUUCCGAAAAGUUCCUGCAGGAGUUCGACAUUUCCGUGGUCUGUGUCAUGGACCACGCGACGGCGCAGCCGACGCAAUUGCACCAGAGCAUCAUCGACGCGAACCUGUCCGUUCCCGUGCACAAAAUCCGCCCCAAGAUGGAACUGGAUAAGAAAGCCAUCCUCACCCGCGUCUUCGAAAACCACGAGGCGUUCCAGACCAAAUACCAAAAAAAAAUCGUCACGGAGCUGGCAUACUGAUACUGAUGAGAAGAGGACGGACUGCUUCUGUUGCCAGCAGACUUUUCAUCUUCUUCGACCAACUUUGUCGCUUCUUCCAUCAUCAUCCAUCGUCCCGUUUGACAGAAAGUUUCUUCCACCUCUUCUAGAUGAUUAGUAACGAAAUUCAGAGAAAAAGAAAAUUAUUGGAGCGAUAAGCACGUCGUUAUUUCGUGCAGGAGCUCGGAAGACCGUCCCUCGCCAAGUACCUGUGCAAUGCAGCAAUUCUUUGCAAGAACGACACCCUGACAACGACAGGAUCAUGCUUUCUACCACGACCAUGUACAAAACAUGCUUGAUCACACUAUCUCGAAGAUGAUGACCACACGACAAGGAAUGUAACGAAAAAUAACGACCUAAAGCUAAUUUAGAUUUAUCGAAUAAGCCGCCUCUUUUUCUAGUAGAGUACCCCUUCGGAACAGACGGGUAGCAGAUGGGUUUACACCGCAUAAAAAGCGCGGCUUGUUUACCGCGCAUUUUUUGUAUUCUAC